UUUAAAUUAUGAAUCCGCCUUUGUACACUUUACACUCAGAGACCAUGAAGUCAUCUCUCGAGUCAGCAGAAGCAACAGUUUCAUGGCGUGUAAUUCUAUAUACAUUGAUAAGCCAAUCCUCAAUUCUAUAUAUUGUGUAUUUCUUAGCCAAAACGUUAUAAUUAAUAUGACAUCCGUAAUUGAGCAAUGCCAAGUUGCGCCAUCUCCAGGCAGCGCGGCGGAGUUGACACUCCCUCUUACGUAUUUCGAUCAUAUGUGGUUAGCUUUCCAUCGUAUGAGGCGGCUACUAUUCUACAAGCUCCCUAUUUCCAAACCUGAUUUCGUCCAAAACAUUAUUCCUUCUCUUAAAGAUUCACUCUCCCUCACUCUCAAACACUAUACACCCUUAGCUGGCAAUGUUGCUUGUCCACUAAAUUUUAGCGAAUCUCCUGAGUUGCGUUAUGUAAGGGGAGAUUCUGUAUCUGUUACCUUUUCUGAGACUAAUAUGGAUUUCAAUUAUCUCAUUGGCGACCAUCCCCGUAACGCUAAGGAUUUUUAUCACUUUGUUCCUCAGUUGGCGGAACCUAAGGAUACACCAGGGGUCAAAUUAGCCCCACUCUUGGCCAUUCAAGUGACACUUUUUCCAAAUCUUGGCAUAGCUAUUGGUUUCACUAACCAUCAUGUUGCCGGUGAUGAAGCUACUAUAGUAGGGUUCGUAAGGGCGUGGGCUCUGCUCAACAAAUUUGGUGGACAUGAACAAUUCUUAGCAAAUGAGUUCAUUCCAUUUUAUGAUAGGUCAGUAAUCAAAGACCCUAAUGAACUCGGGAAGUUGACAUGGGGCAAAUGGAAAAAAUAUAAGUUGGAGAUGUGUGACAUUGUGACCCCUCCUGACAAGGUUAGAGAGGACGCGAUCGGAGAAGAGACAGACGAUAAUGUAAUGGAAUUCUUUGGAUGUGUAGGAGAUUGUAGAGUGCAAUUCGAUCCACCACUUCCUCAAUCUUAUUUCGGGAAUUGCCUAGUAGGGUACUUUGCAAGAAUAAGACGUGCUAACUUAGUUGGAAAGGAAGGCUUUACAAUGUCUGUGGAAUUAAUUAGAGAAGUCAUUCGGAAAAACAUGAAGGAUGAGGAGUGGAUCCUAAAUGGUAACUGGAUGAAGCAAUAUAGCACUGUAGACGUGAAUCGGUGCCUUUCAGUUGCUGGAUCACCGAAGUUUGACUUAUAUGCUGCUGAUUUUGGUUGGGGAAGGCCCGCCAAGUUAGAGUUCGUUUCUAUUGACAGUGGUAGUGGUAUAUCGAUGUCUCUUAGUAAAUCCAAGGACUUUGAUGGAGAUUUAGAGGUUGGCUUAUCUUUGUCUGAAGCUCGAAUGAAUGUUUUUGCUGCUAUAUUCGCCCACGGGCUCAGCUUUCUAUAGCAAGCCUGGCCAAAA